UUUUAAAAACUAACACUAAAGGAAGACACUAUCAACUGCAACAACAAUGGCUGUCUCUGGUAAAUAUCCAUUGCGCUUGAUCCUCCUGGGCAAGACAGGGGUUGGCAAAAGUGCCACAGGAAAUAUCAUUCUGGGAGAGAAAGUAUUCAGGUCUGAAGCUAGAGCCAUGUCUGUUACACAGGAAUGCACAUCUGAAACAAGAAUAAUCAACGAACAAAGUAUUACAAUCAUUGACACACCCGGUUUAUACGACACAACAAUGUCUUCUGAUUUCAUUGUAAAAGAGACUGUGAGAGGCAUGCAACUGGUAGCUCCUGGUCCUCAUGCAUUUCUUCUUGUGCUUGAUGUGAGGCGUCACACUGAAGAGGAGAGAAACACUGUCAAGAAAUUUCAAGAAAUCUUUGGUGGUGAUGUGUGCAAGCAUAUGAUUGUGGUGUUCACUCAUGGAGACGAUCUUGAGUUUGAUAAUAAAACCAUAGAACGCUACAUCAAUGAGGCUGGGCCUCACCUUCAGGACCUGAUAUAUACAUGCGGACAGAGGUACCAUGUGUUUAACAACAGGUCGCAGGACCGCACGCAGGUAGUUCAAUUCCUGCAGAAGAUUAACAAUAUGCUGAGUGAAAAAAAUCAUAGUUACUAUAGCUAUGAACUGUUUACAACAGCAGAAGCUCUCAAAAAGGCGGAAGCAAAUCAAAGAGAGUGGGAAAAAAAAUUUGCAGCUUUGGAGAGUGAAGUGCGGGCUAUGAAUGAAAAAAACAGCUUAUGCAUUAUACUAUAGUGGAGAAUGUAUGAUAAUAAUAUCCUUUAGAAAGACAAAAUAAGAGAAUAUAAAAAAAUGAAUUUUGAAGUAUGUAGUUAAGAAAAACAAAGAUACUGAUAAAUUUUCUUUGUUCUAAAGUUCUACAAUUAUAAGGAUCUUUCCAUCUAACUGUAUUUGAUUUCAGGUGUUACUGUAAGCAUUGAUGAUCUGUUUUUUUUUUACUAUUGAUUAUGUAUAUCAUAUAGAAUACUGUAUACUACAAUGUGGUAUAUUCUAUAUACGAGAGAUUAUUUUAGCACAGCAGCAACCCAAAUUUCAGUUUCAAGCUGUUUCAAGAUGUUUUAAGGGAAAGUACUACAGCACAUACAGAAUUGUAAGGGAGAGUACUGUGUAACAUGAAGGGAAAUUUUUGUCUUACAGAUCACCAGAUUUUAUAAAAAUCAUUAGUUCAUUAGUAAAAUGCACAUUGUCAAAAAUGACAAGUUUGCAUUUGAAUUUAUCCAUCAAUCAGUGAACAGCAUCCUGAGAGAAAGAUAUGCUGAAAGUCUAAUGCUUUAUCUUUCUUUCUGUGUAAUUUGGAUAAUGGUGUCAGGGAUGAAUUUUCUAAAAUGCCUGGUUAUAAAAUGUUUCAAAUUGGCUGAUAAAAGUAGAGAGGAAAACUUCAGUAUGGGGGAAAUCAGUUUUCAAACUAUUUAAUGACAGAUUAGGGAGGAAAGUUAUCAUUAUGUGGUAGAUUAUGUGCAGUACUGUGCAAAAGUCUUAGUUAGCCUACUUAUUUUAUACAAAUUUCAUCUUAGUUGUUUAUUUUAGGACUUCUGCAAUACUGAGUCCCAACAUUACUUGAAAAAUGUUUGUAUGUCAGUAAAGAAAGUAACAUAUCAUGUAAUAGUCCACUAUAAAAUAAUGCUGGCUGUCAGUGAUUCCUGCAAAACAGAAGCAAGUGCAAAAGUCUUAAAUUCUUAGAAAAACUUACCAACCAAUAUUCUACUCAUGCAUUUUUAAAGACAAGGUGUUCUCAGGCCAAAUAUUGGCCUUUUGUUAGUUUAAUACUGUAUACUGCUCUUUAUAGUACAUUUUCUUUUAAUGUAGAAAUAAUGUUCAAUUAAUGUUUCAUUUAAUUUUAAUGUUAAAUUUCAUUAUUUUGAAGGCAACUUUGAUUUACAGCAUUUCUUUACAUGCUGAAGACUUUUGUCCAGCACUGUAUGUAAUGUAUCAUGUAAUAUAAUUUAAUGUUGUACAAACAAUAUAAGGGGUAUUUAUUUUAGAAGUGCCUACAAUCCAAAUGGCAGUUUAAGUGGUUUCAGGUGACAUGAGAACAUACAAGAUGGGGAGGAAAAUUUUGAUCAUAUUACAAACUGUAUAUACUUUUCCAGAACUUGGCCCAGAUUUGUUUUGAUAGCUUCUUGCUCUUCAUGAUGUUGCUUGAUAUUGAUAUGUUCACUAAUAAACUGGGGUAGUUAUAUUAAGAUUAUGGGACACUUAUAAAAGUUGAUUCCAUUCAACUAAUUAUGUGACUCUGGAUGGCAAAUGGUUGCACUGGAAUUAAUUUUGGAGUAUCGUAGCAACAGGGAUUAAUACUUAGGCAAUCACAGCUUUUAUGUUUUUUAUGUGUUUAAAAAAAAAAAAAAAACUGUAUUGAUCCAGAAUAUUUUGUGAACGUUAACUGUAUAUAACCUCGAUAAAGUCCAUUUCUAUUCCAGGUUGUAACUCUAUAAAAUGUGUUUAUUAUUUAUAAAUGUGUUACGUGUUAGUAUUUAUGCUAACACACUUACCUAACAUGACA